AUGAAGCUACUGUCUAUCAUCGCCACUGCGUGCUUUGUGGGCAUGGCUGCAUCAGUUGACAUGUCCCUCUACUCUGCAAGGACUGGAGUUGAUGCAGCGUUUAAGCCCUUUUUGCAGGAGCUUUAUGCGUCUGCUGAGGAUCCCGCCGCUACCACAAGGUUCACCAAUUUCUUUACGAACGAUGGAAAACUCAUUGUUCUUACAAACACUGCCACCGGCGCCGAGCAGAUUGUCGCGUUGAAACAGGCGCUACUCCCACCAGCGGGCAACAAGCAUUGGGAUCAUUUUCCCAAUGUAACAACUGUUUCCUCAGAGACCGCUGCACAGAAGACCUACCAGGUACUUGGUGUCAUUGAGACUACUUUUGACGGUGGCAAUUGUUCUCUGGCAUACUACUCGAGUCGGUUCACUGUGACCAAGGGUACGAACGGUUCCCCGAACCUCACUCCACACAGUGGGAGUCUCGUCGCAUAUGAUGACUUCGUUGUGAGUCCGUCCAAGUCGCCCACCAACAUCCCCUGUAGGAAAUAG